AUGUCCUGGGCUCCGGUUAUGGGCCCGGGAAACGACAGACCGGCGCGUACGAAUGAAAUUGCCCACAGAACUCUGUCUACCAAAACGCCUUCCGUUUCUGUUCCGUCCUGGUUAGCAGCGCACCUCGAAGAGCAGAACGGAAAGGUUUCCUCGACGGAGGCUAAGUUGCAAAACGCUUCGAGCCCAAAGUUCUCGAGCCCUGACGCUGUGUCAAGACAACCAACCGAAAACCUGUCGAGCCCCAUCUCCGCAAGACACGGGACCAUGAAACCGGCAAAGUUGGACGUGCCUUGCCAGAGGCAGCGGACGCUGAACCCAGCGGAGAAAAGCUCGUCCGACAUCGAGCCGGCCAGCAUCCCGCUCACCAUCUACGCCAACGGAAUCCAGCUCGGCAACGGAACGGAGUUCCGGCCCGCAGGCUCGCCCGCGGCGCGCUCCCUGCUCGCGGACAUUUUGGACGGCUUCUUUCCGUACGAACUGAAGGGGACCCACCCGGACGGCGUUCCGCUGCGCCUCGUCGACCGGAGCGCGGAACGCUUCACGCUUCCUUUCCAGCCGUUCCGGGGGGAGAAGCGGGUGCUCGUCAGCAGGGAGAACGGGAUGGAGCGGAACGAACCAAAGGGAACGGAGGGCGGAAGGAAGGGCGGGAUUGAAGGGGGCCGGAUAAGUCUGGCAAGCGGAUUUGGAAACGGACUUUCCGCUUCGGCGGCGGAAGAGGGAAGCGGAAAGGUGAUAACCUCACUUUCUACUAGCAGCGUCUCAAUGAAGCCGUCGGUCGACGAGCCGCCCAGCGUUGCUGACGAGCUGACGUCACAAGAAGCAAAUAGUUCGAGUUGCGUGGAACCACAUCCGAUCCUCGCACCGACGUCAGACGGCCUGUUCAGAGCCGAUGCACUCACUGGGGGGGGCCAAAGUCUCUGCGAAUCUGCACCCCUCACGCGGGAAGAGUUCUUGGACCGACUGCCCAAGAGAGUGAUCCGCGGUGGAAAGCUGAUCGACGUCCGCGGCGAGAUCGCGCAUCUUCUGCGCCCCUCUGAAAGAGCGCGCGCGCGCGCGCGCGGCCGCGAGAGCGCGCCGGGCAAGCGCGCUCCGGACGAGAAGAGCACCCCCAGAGCAUCGGCCGACAGCGGCCCUGCGUCGACGUCAGGUGACGUCAGCGCCACGGAGAGGAACCAGAAAGCGCACAGCGAAAAAGGAGGAACGGGGAAGGAAAGUUUAGAUUUGCAACGUGGCAGCGACAAGGAGGCGUCGCGGGCCGCGGUGCGGUUGAAGGUGCGGGGUUUGGAGGGUUUGGCCUGGGUGGUGGAGCUCCCGGUGGGCGCGACGGUCGGACAGCUGUACGAGACCGUUGAGAAGCUGAGGCGCAAGAGCAACGCAGUCGGCAAGGAAUGA